UUCGUAUUAACACUAUCCAUUUAAGCAUUUCGCUUUCUGUGAAAUUUUGCCCAUUCUUUCAUAUUCUUUGCUAUCGAGAUCUGUGCUUUUCCUCUCCUUCCGUGAUUUCCCAGUUGCCUACUGAUAAAAGAUGAAGCCUUGAAGAUGUUGCAAGGCUUGGAGUUUUUUUCUGGAAAUAAUCAACUAAAAUCUGGGGUUGUGUAUGGUGAGUAAAUGUGCGAUUUAUUUCUGCUGAUCCACGUUCGCUCAAGAAUUUGGCUUCGCGAAAGGAAGAAGAGGAAACCAACAAAAACCCUUUCCUUUUUUGGUCUUUUACUCAAUACUAACGGAAAAAAUCUUCAUUUUUCCUUCUUCGAAUUUCAAACCCAAAAUCCAAUUACUUCAAAGAAUAAAAACCCAUAUUUUUUAAGCCUUUUUUUAUAGUUUGUUCCCACUUUUUUGAUAUUUUCUUCUCUCUUACUAACUUGCAGCUUUAGUUUCAUAGAAAACCCAGGUAGCUGGAGUUAUAUUUGACUUGAGCUGGGUUGGUCUACAUUGAGUUUUGAAUUGGAUUUUAAGGUGGUUUCUGAUUAAUUUUUGGUGAAAGGGUAACAAAAACAUAUUUUAGUUGUUUGUGUACUAAACAGUUUAUCAAAAGUGGCGAAAAUGAGUUUAAGUGCAGCCGAGAUGAUUCGGGGUCAGAGAUUCAUUUACCGGCAGAUAUAGAUUGGCAUAUGCUUGAUAAAUCCAAGUUCUUUUUUCAUGGUGCCGCUUUAUUUUCAGGUGUGUCAUUUGCUCUUUACCCUGUUGUGGUUUUGAAAACUAGGCAACAAGUGUCGUCCACGCAUAUUUCUUGCUCCAAGAUGUCUCUCUCUAUCAUGAGAUACGAAGGAUUGAGAGGAUUCUAUAGGGGUUUUGGUACCUCCUUGAUGGGCACAAUCCCAGCUCGAGCACUUUACAUGGGAGCCCUUGAGGUUACCAAGAGCAGUGUUGGCACUGCAACUGUUCGUCUAGGGUUUUCGGAUACUACGGCAACUGCGAUAGCUUGUGCUGCUGCCGGGUUAAACUCAGCUAUGGCUGCUCAACUUGUUUGGACCCCGAUCGAUGUCGUGAGCCAAAGACUUAUGGUUCAAGGUUACAACUCUAGCAACAGUUGCAGAAAUGCAUUUUCAAAUUGUAGAUAUAAGAAUGGUCUUGACGCGUUUAGGAAGAUCCUGCAUGCAGAUGGUCCUAAAGGAUUGUAUAGGGGAUUUGGGAUCUCAAUAUUGACCUACGCACCGUCGAAUGCGGUUUGGUGGACAUCGUACUCUGUUGCUCAGAAGCUCGUUUCGGCUGGUCUUGGUUGCUCUAUGGGUAAAAGAGAUGAGAGUGGUGUGAUUGGAGGAUCUGGUUUUAAGCCUGAUUCAAAGACCUUGGUGGCCGUCCAAGGGUUAAGUGCUGCCAUGGCUAGUGGCGUUUCGGCUCUUAUCACAAUGCCACUUGACAUCAUCAAGACCAGACUACAGGUUCUGGAUGGAGAAGAGAAUGGGAUGAGAAGACCUAUGACAGUUUUGCAGACAGUAAGGAACUUGGUUAACGAAGGCGGAUUGGCAGCUUGUUAUAGGGGACUGGGACCAAGAUGGGCGUCAAUGUCUCUGUCUGCAACAACCAUGAUCACUACCUAUGAGUUCUUGAAACGGUUAUCAACCAAGAGCCAAGGGAGUUUGACAUAACAGAGCGGCUGAAGGGAA